GGGGGGGUUGAGGGAAGGAUUUUCACUUUUUCUUAUAAGCUUUACAAUCGUCUGAUGAGAAAACUAAGAUUGUAGUGAGCUGAGCAUCCAACAUUGGCUCGAUACUUUUAGGAUCGACGGAUUUUCAUAGGAAUUUUCUAGAUUUUGCAAACUCAUUGGCUAUUGAAGUAAACACAUUUUUGUUAUAGCAUAUGUCAAAGAAAUCUCAAAUAGAAGCUUUUUUUCCUGGCGAUAAUCCUUAGUUUUCUCAUCAGACCGCCCUAAAGUUUAUUAAAAAAAAGUAAAAAUCCUUUUCUCAAACCCCCAGUCUCAGCGUUUAACUUUGGUUUUAAGCCUUUCUAAAUCUUAUAACUGAAAUAUAUGUUAAAAGACAAUUCUAACGCAUAUAAAAUCAUCAAUUAAAUCUUAUUCCUUGUCGGAGAAAUUCAGACUCCAAAAGCCCGAAAUAGCUGAUUUUUGUGAGAAACUUUUCGAUGCGAAGAAAACUCCAAACAAAAACGUUUCCGAUUAAUGAAAUGACUGCCUCAUUGAUUAGUUUCUACUCUGAAAGUUUCAGGUUUUCGCUGGGACACCCAAAAUUGUUCUUCCUAUUCGGACCCCUUCACAAGAUUUAAAUAAAUUUUUUAAUUCUACAGCUAUACUUACAGAUACAAAUACUACAAACUCUGAAAGUUUCAUUCGAUUCGUAUGAAGGCGAUGUAAAGUCUGGUACGCUUUCGAAAUAACUACUCACUAUGUCUGUUGAAAUAAUUAAAAACUCAAAGAAUUUCACUGUUCGAUGUUGUCGCCUAUUCUUACUAAAAUUAGGUUUUCGGAUGUAAAGCUUGACGUCAGGAACAAAAAUCUUUUCAGAACGUGAAAUUCUCAAUUGAUUCGUCCCGUUUGUUUUUAUUUUUAAUGUAUCAUAUAGCCAGCCUCUCAUACUAUCUAUAUCACCAUUUGAACCAAGUUCGUACUCUUUAAUGUAAAAUAAGAUUUUUAAAAAACAAUUAAUUCACUUAAACUUUUCGUAUUAACUAUGGUUAAAUAUUAUUUUUGUCUUUAGGAACUAUUAUAUCACUUUCUUAUGAUUCUAAACAUCAUUCAUUAACUGAAAAUUGGCUUCGACAUUGGGCAACAGCAAGAAUUGAUUUAGAAAAAAUUCAUCCAGUUAUAGAAGAUUCUUUAUCAUCAAUAAAUAUAGCUGAAAAAAUUGAAACAUCAAAUACAUAUGUUGCUGGUUCGAUUGGUUAUGAAUUUGUUGUAUGUACAGCUGUACGUCGUCAUUUAUUUGCUGUACUUCAACGACCACAACAACAUGUUCGUAUACAUGAACUUAAUUUACAUGAUGGUCAUUUAAUAAAUGAUCUUAUAUUAGAAAAAGCUAAAGCAAAUCAAACAUUUUUAUGUGGUACAACAACAACACUGUGUGAUAAAAAUACUGGAAAAGAAUUAUUUGCUGUUGGACUUCAAUCAGGUGUUAUUUUUAUUAUUGAUACAAAUCCAUUACAAAUUCAUACGAUUGUAAAUGCUAGUGGCUCUCCACAAGCGAUUAUCUGGUGGCAUUCAUAUUUAUUAACAGUGGGUUAUAUAUCAUCGAUAGUAAAUGUCUAUUCAUUAGAUGGCUCAUUAAUUGGUUCUGGUGAUGGUGCACCAACAACAGCUGUUUGUCAUUUACAAUGGAAUUCUGAUGAACAAGAUUUAUUAUGGAUUGGUGGUUAUAUGGGUUUAACACUUGUACAAAUUGAAUUAUUAGAUAAUCGUACACCUUCACCAGUUGAAACAGUUAUGUUUACAAUAUUAAAUACAGUUACUGAGGAUACAUCAUCAUCAAUAAGUUUAACAACAGUGAUACAUAGGAGAUUACAUGAAACAGCUGGUUGUGGUUUAUACAUGGAAAAUGAUGAAAUAUUAUCUGGUGAUCUUUCUGGAAAUAUUUUUCAAUGGACAGUAAAUGAUAUUAAACCUAAACAACAUACUUCUAUACCUGAUAGUAUUCGAUGUUUUGUAUCAAAAAACCUAGUUGGAACAUUAUCUGGUAUAUUAUAUAAAAUAGAUACACAAGAAAUAGUUGAAGAUUUUCAAUCAACAAUUAUUUGUUCAGCAUGGAAUAAAAAUAAAACAUCUUGUUUAAUUGGUCUUGGUGAUGGAAGACUAAUAAAUUUUCAUACAAAAAAAAUUAUUGGUUUACAUAAUAAUAAUGCAGAAAUAUGGAGUGUUUGUUGGAGUCCAAAUGAAGAAUUAUGUGCAACAGCAUCAGAAGAUCAAACAACAUGUAUAUGGAAAGUUGAUGAUGAACAAAAUUUAAUUGCUACUCUUACAGGACAUACAACAGCAGUGACAGCUGUUGAAUGGAAAUAUGAACGAAUUUAUACAUGUGCUGAUGAUAGAACAGUACGAAUAUAUAAUACUCAAUCGAAUAUAUACAAUUGUCUUUAUGUACUUCAUACACCAAAAUCUUUAUUUGGAUGGUUUACAUUAACAUAUUUAAAAGUUGAUGAAGAUCAAAAAUUAAUAAUUUGUACAACACAAAAUGGUUAUUUAGUUAUAUGGCGUGAUGAUGAAAAACAUGAAAAUGAAAUACCAAUUCUAUGUAAAAAAAUUCACUUCGGAAGUUUAGAAGGUUUAACUUAUGAUAAAAGAACUCAUCGUAUAGUAACCAUAGGUAGUGAUUGUACUGUAACUUCACUUCGUUUACAUAUCGAUUAA